GGCCAACUCUGUUGAAGAACUGGACUUAUCUAGCAGUAACACACCCAGGUUACAUGGCGUUCCUCACUUACGACGAGGUGAAGGCGCGGCUGCAGGCAUAUGUCAACAAACCGGGCAGCUACAUUUUCCGGCUCAGUUGCACCCGGUUGGGCCAGUGGGCGAUCGGCUACGUGACGGCAGAUAGAAGCAUCUUGCAAACCAUCCCACAGAACAAGUCCCUGUUCCAGGCCUUGGUGGAUGGACACAAGGAAGGCUUCUACCUGUAUCCGGAUGGGAAAAACGUGAAUCCGGAUCUGGCAGAAUUGAUGGAAGGCUCUGCUCGAAACCGAAUUCAGGUCUCCCAGGAACAGUUCGAGCUCUACAGCCAGGUGGAAUCCACCUUCCAGCUUUGCAAAAUCUGCGCCGAGAACAAUAAGGAUGUUCAGAUCCGGCCGUGCGGUCAUCUUCUCUGCCGGGAAUGCCUUAAGUCAUGGCAGCUUUCAAAAUCCCCCACCUGCCCCUUCUGUCGCCAGACGAUCUGGGGCCAUGAAGAUGUCGAAGUCAGCCCCUACAGCUCCAAGGAGGGCAGCCCUACAACCAAGGACGAGAGCGACGAAGGGGACCUGGAGGAUGUGGACAUGGUGUUGCAACAGCUGAUGCUCAUGCGCCAGACCCAGGGGAGAGAGGCUCCCGUUUCAUCUCCCAAUCUGGACCCUGUGUUGCAAACCCCUCCAGUACCCCCAAGAUUAGAUCUCCUGCCGCAGAGACCCCCGGCUCUUCCUCUUCCAGACUAUCAAACCGUCUCUUCUUCGGCCCACUGGAUCAGGGAUCGCCCCUUGCCAAGCCUUCCUCAAGAACACUCUCCGUCCGUCACUGCAUGGAACACCUCCGCAGCUUCUCCAUUUGAGGAGAAGGGACAGGAAUCCCAGCGAUGAGUUGCUUGCAGGCAAUCCGGGAGCAGGGUCGUAUCUGAUCUGCGCUGUCCGAUUGGUGGAAUCGAGUCUGGGAGAGCCAGCUAACGGUGUCCUUCCACACGGCCAAAUGAAGGAGAAGUUGGUUUACUCACAGUUCUGAUGUUUCACCCAGCUUGACUUCCGACAGAAGGAAAUCAGCCGAGCAAAAUCUAAUGCUUUUGGAAGGAUGAUCUGGAUGUUUUUAGGAAUGUUUUACAAAACAUGUGCCUUUUCCUGGAUGAACUACCAUGAUUCUAUUAUUCUAUCCGGAACUUCGCAAGCAUUGCUAUCACUAAACAUCUAAAGAAUCACAUUUCCCUGUUUUGGGAAAAAGAGGAUAUAUCGGACAGUAACUACAUCAUCACCGUUCGUGCCUUAUAACAAUAGUUCUCGACCCUUUUUUCACCACGAAACCCCUUCAAAUAUCUUUUGUGGCCACGGACCAUGGCCACGGACCCUCAAGACUUAAGAUUUAAAUCAUAAUAUUUCUUCAAGCCCUGUGACGACAUCGUAUGCCGUGGUGGUGCAGUGGUUACGCAUUGCAGGCUAACUCUGCCGAUCGCCAGCAGUUCGAUCCUGACUGGCUCAAGGUUAACUCAGCCGUCCAUCCUUCCGAAGUCGCUAAAAUGAGGACCCAGGUUGUUGGAGGCAAUGUGAUGAUGCUAUAAACUGCUUAUGAAGUGAUAUAUAAAUCUAUUGCUCUUCCCUUCUCCUUCCUUCCUCCCUCCCUUCCUUCCUUCCUCCCUCCCUCCCUCCCAUUAUUCCAUGGUGCACAGUGGUUAGAAUGCAGCAUUGCAGGCUAAUUCUGCCAUCUGCCAGCAGUUUGAUCCUGACCGGUUCAAGGUCGACUCAGCCUUCUGUCCUUCCGAGGUGGGUAAAAUGAGGACCCAGAUUGCUGGGGGUAAUAUGCUGACUCUGUAAACUGCUUAAAGAGGGCUGUAAAGCACUGUGAAGCGGUAUAUAAGUCUAGGGGCUAUUGCUAUUGUCCCGCAGGGCUCUGCAGAUCACAGAUUGAGGAAACAUCGCAUUACAGCGUAGUCACCUUAUUCAUUUUGGAAAGAGGGUUGACUUUUCUAAUUUAUUUCUCUCUAGGAAGAUGUACACUUCUUUUUCAGCAGGAGAAGCAUCAGCGUUUUCUGUUCAAAACCUUAAAUCCAGAGGAGAAAGCAGGACUUUUAGAAUUAAACUUAUAAGUUGA